GGGCGCGGAGCCACUUCCGGUUGGGCGGUGCUUGUGCGCGGGAGCUGACCCCCUGGGUGAGCUGCGGCCACGGUAUCCUGCGGCGUGGAGCUCCCGCGAAAGUAGGUUGUCAUGGACCUGCGGCAGUUUCUGAUGUGCCUGUCACUGUGCACAGCCUUCGCUCUGAGCAAGCCUACGGAAAAAAAAGACCGAGUACACCAUGAGCCUCAGCUCAGCGACAAAGUUCACAAUGAUGCCCAGAAUUUUGACUAUGACCAUGAUGCCUUCUUGGGUGCAGAAGAAGCAAAGAGUUUUGAUCAGCUGACACCAGAAGAGAGCAAGGAAAGGCUUGGAAAGAUUGUAAGUAAAAUAGAUGGCGACAAGGAUGGGUUUGUCACUGUGGAUGAACUCAAAGGCUGGAUUAAGUUUGCACAAAAGCGCUGGAUUCACGAGGAUGUAGAGCGGCAGUGGAAGGGGCAUGACCUCAAUGAGGAUGGCCUCGUGUCCUGGGAGGAGUAUAAAAAUGCCACCUACGGCUACGUUUUAGAUGAUCCAGACCCUGAUGAUGGAUUCAAUUAUAAACAGAUGAUGGUUAGGGAUGAGCGGAGAUUUAAAAUGGCAGAUAAAGAUGGAGACCUAAUUGCUACAAAGGAGGAAUUCACUGCUUUCCUGCACCCUGAGGAGUAUGACUACAUGAAAGACAUAGUUGUGCAGGAAACAAUGGAGGAUAUAGACAAGAAUGCUGAUGGUUUCAUUGAUCUAGAGGAGUAUAUUGGUGACAUGUACAGUCAUGAUGGAAAUGCUGAUGAGCCAGAAUGGGUGAAGACAGAGCGAGAACAGUUUCUUGAGUUCCGAGAUAAGAACCGGGAUGGGAAGAUGGACAAGGAGGAGACCAAGGACUGGAUCCUCCCUUCAGACUAUGACCAUGCAGAGGCAGAAGCCAGGCAUCUAGUCUAUGAGUCAGACCAAAACAAGGAUGGCAAGCUUACCAAGGAGGAGAUUGUCGACAAGUAUGAUUUAUUUGUGGGCAGCCAGGCCACAGAUUUUGGGGAGGCCUUAGUGCGACAUGAUGAGUUCUAAGCUGCAGACAGAGGAACCUACAUUUCUUCAAAAGUAAUUUAUUUUUACAGCUCUGGUUUCACAUGAAAUUGUUUGCGCUACUGAGACUGUUGUUACAAACUUUUUAAGACAUGAAAAGGCAUAUUGAGAUAAUGAAAACCAUCCCGUCCCCAUUCCUCCUCCCCUCUGAGGGACUGGAGGGGACCCGUGCUUCUGAGGAACAACUCUGAUUAGUACACUUGUGUUUGUAGGUUUACACUUUGUAUAAUGUAUAACAUGGUGUGUUUAUUUUUGUAUUGUUCUCUAGUUGGGAGUAUAACAUGAAGGAUCAAGAUCCUCGACCCACACUUGUAGGCAAAUAUUAGCCUUUACUCUUUCUCACCCCUUACCACACAUUUUUUUUUUGUAAUUCUCACUUAACUAAUUUUUUUAAAAGCCUGAGAUCAAUAGAAAUGUUCAGGAGAGAAAAAAAGGAAAAACCUGUACUCCAUGAUUUAUGUUUAGAGAGAGAAUGCUUUAUCUUGCCUGUUGAAAAGCUUCAUUUUACAAGUGGCCGUUCAGUUGUCACAGGCCAACCACUGAGCCUGCCACCGUCUGGGCAAGGCUGGAUCCCUGUGCUGUAGAGCAGCUUGACGCAACUUGACUUCAUUCUUUUCCCCCUUUAGGACUAGCUGUUUGCUAAUUCUGUCAAGCACAGCUGUGGUGGGAAGAAUUGGGGCCAGUGUCUUGAAAAAUGAAUCAAGUAGUGUGUAUGAUCUUUUCACAGGGCUAUUUCUAGCUCUUUAUAGAGCUGUUUCCAACUAGAAACAGCUGGAAAACGAAAGGAAAAAAAGUGUGUGCAGGGCAUGCAUUUUAUUCUGAUUGUGUACCUAUUGAAGUCACUGUAAGGCCCCAUCCAGCCCCUUCCUAGGAAUCAAUCUUGGUUUUACUGCAAUUACAAUUGACUUUUUUCCAAUCAUGUCAUUGAAAGUGCCUUUAACGGGAAAAGUAAUUACUGAAUGGGAAUUUGCUUAAAAAGCCACAAGGUGAAUGACUUGGGCACCUUACAUGAACGCAUUGAACCUCCUGAUACAGUGGGGGUUUUUCCUUCUUUUUCUCUUGUGGACAACGGCUAAACAGCAGUAUUAGUUACAAGCUUGGUUGCAGCGUUCCUGUCUAGUGGGCUGGUUUCUAAACCCUCAUGCUGCUGACUUGACCAGGGAUCCUCAUACCUCAGAACACAAACCACUCUCUGUCAGGCCUCUGCUUACCAGAGCUUGGGCUCUGACUCAAGGAUGGAAGGACAUACAGAGGGGGCUCUUUGGUUUGAGGACCACUGCUCAUCCUCCCUGUCUUUAACCAUCGCAUCCCAUUUUGCCAUCUCCCUUUCUCUCUGACACUAAAAGGUGGGGUAGGUAGGACGGUCAUGGACCAUCAGGUUGCCGUCCUUAUCAAAAACCCCAUCGGUUGCCAACUCCAUUUACCCAUAUUUUGUGCAACCCAAUAUUUUGGUCUCUUAAUAAUGGGCCUCUUAAGAAUUAUUGUAUUCUAAAUUUUUAACCCUCAGGUUACUAAGAUAAAUAUAUAUAUGUAUAAUCUUUAUUAUUUCCUAUAUCUGAAUAAUACAUUCAGGUGGUGCUGGGUGAUGGUCAUAUCUGAACCUAGACCUACCCUUUGGUCUUCCACAAUCCUGUUGAGGUAGGCUGCUUGGUGUGGUAAAGAGCCAGGUGUGGUGUAACUUCACCCCAGCCAUUGCAUCAAGCUCUUGAUAGCAGAUACACUCGAUGUUUUAAUCCCAGGAUAGGAGUAAUGAACAUUCUCUGCCUUCCAGAUCCUCAACUCUUUAUUGUUAAGGAGACCAGAGAUAAUUAAUGCCACCAGCCCUGGCUUAGAAAGGGUGCAUCAUACAUAUACUGUGUGGCAAGAGGGCCUUACAGCUCGUUUGGUGCACAGAGCCUAACACUGAUGUGAAAGUCACACACUUAACCAGCAAGUGUAGUGUGUUACAAUGACAUAUUCUGGACAUGGGGUGCUCAGCAGCAAGAACUGCUCUCAUCUCCAUGAGCCCCACAUAGUGUUGGGGUUUGGGUUUCUGGGUUAAAUCAAAUCUGAGGCAGUGAGCAGUGGCUGCAUGUCCAUAGGGUGUGCUCUGUGAAUGCUAAACUCUCUUGAAUUUGAGUAUUGGUUCUUUUUUAUAGAGUGUAAACCAAGUUUUAUAUUCUGUAAUGCAAACAGGUACCUAUCUGUUUCUGAAUAAAACUGUUUACAUUCA